AUGACCGCGCUUCUCUCGUCGCCGCACGAUUUCAUGAGCCUCCACGCGCUGUCGGGCAGGUCUCGCAGCCCGGCGCGCAGCUCUUCGCCGCACCGGCGAUCUUCUUCGGCACGGCUAUCGUCCCCCUCGCGCUCCAACUCGUCCCUAGCCACGUUUGUACCCGCCUCCGCCGCCAGCACCGCCAACACCACCGACGACGAGAUGCCUGACGCAGGGGACCAGGAAGCCGACAAGCCCAGCAGGGGCAGGCUCCGCCUUACGCCAGAGCAGAAGGCCAGUUUUGCAGCACACAUCGAGGAAAGCAAGAAGAAGUUCAUCUCCGACACCGCUCACCUGCCAAAGACGACCAACAUGGGCCUGAGCAACGCGGAAGCGGCGGCAGCAAUGUCGCAGAACCGCUUCAACUACAGCAAGAAGGACUUCAGCUGGGACCUCGACGACGAUGAUGGCGAGAGCUCUGGCGUCCGACGCAAGGUCGCUGUCAAGGACACGGCCGUCUUCCAGAUGGCGCUGCCGGUUCUCUACGUUUCGUCGAUCCCCAACUCGGUCCUCUUUUUCCAAAAGGUGCUCGGCUUCUCGACGGUGGGCAAGCCGGCCACGCACCAGGCCGUGGUGCGACGCGGUCCCGCCGCCAAGCUGACGUCGGGCACCAACGCGCGCAACUGGUCCGCCGUGCCCCCGCUGGGCCAGGACCCGGGCGUCCGCAUCGUCCUGCGCAUGCGCCCGCAGGAGUGGGGCGAGCUGAGCGGCGACGGCAUGGGCCCGCCGCAGCUCAUGGUCGCCGUCAGCAGCGCCGACGACCUGUACAAGGAGGUGUCGGCCAAGAUGGAGGCGCUGCGGCCCAAGGGCGACGAGUACUUUCCCGAAGUCUGGUUCUUCAAGGCCAAGGUGCUCAGCAAGCCGCAGAACAAGCCCUGGGGCGCCCGCGAGCUGCACCUGCUCGAUCCCGACGGCAACAAGAUUGUCUUUUUCAACGAGAUCCACCGAUGA